CGUCAGUGUGUAGUUCACAGUUCCCGGCCUGUUCGACAUACGCGUUUGGUUCUUGCAAAUUUCAAAAGCUUUAAUGAGCAAUCUGUCUAAUUAAACACAACGACCAUGAACAGUGACAUCUACAACAUCCUGUCAGCUGUCAGACGUCAGUUUGUCCACACUGCCAGCAGGAGCCACGCCCACACAAGGCAGACACACGUGACCAAAACUCGAGAGUCGUGGCUUCCUGUGUCGCUGUGUGUCCUCAUCACUGUGUCGCUGUGUCUCACCUGUUACAGUGUGACCUUGACCCUGCUUGACCAGUUCAUCUGGGGCGUGAUCCCAGCCUCCUUCUUCUGUAUCGCCACUUCCGGUUUGGGAAAAAAUGAACGGAACAAAUUGUCGAGCAGGGAGCAGAAGACAAGCGCUUGGUGCCAGACGUUAGCGGUCACUGACCUAGUUCAGUCAACGGCCAGCGGUCACUGACCUAGUUUAGUCAACGGCCAGCGGUCACUGACCUAGUUGAGACAACGGCCAGCGGUCACUGACCUAGUUCAGUCAACGGCCAGCGGUCACUGACCUAGUUUAGUCAACGGGUAGCGGUCACUGACCUAGUUCAGUCAACGGCCAGCGGUCACUGACCUAGUUUAGUCAACGGCUAGCGGUCACUGACCUAGUUCAAACAACGGCCAGCGGUCACUGACCUAGUUGAGACAACGGCUAGCAGUCACUGACCUCGCUUAUGUCAACUUGAACUAGGCUGUAGAAGCUGACUUCAUUUAUGCAUGUUUUAGUUUGACUAGCCAAUUAGCUAAUUAGUUUAAUUAAAUUAUAUUUGAAUAGCUUGACUAAUGGGCCAGUCAGAUGUGGUUGCUGUAAACACUGUAAAAUUUGUAA